CCUGAAACGACAGCGACAGACAGACAGAAGUAAACAUGGCAGACAGAGACACAGCCACAGAUGCUCACAAACACAAUGUUUAUGAGGAGCUGCUCAGUCCAUCAGAGCUGUUUGAGGCGAGGUCCCGGAGCCAUAAGAUACCGGUGAGGGGUCAGAAAGACUUCCUGCCCAGUGGGUCGGAGCAGCAGACGGCCCGUCUGCAGCAGAGUCUGGACGAGCACUGGACGCUCCUGGCCGAGGAGAGAGUCGAGAGACUAGGGAAUCUAGUGAAAGCUGUCUGGAUCCCUGACGAAAGACUAGUGGAGCUGCAGUCACCAGCAGGGAAGUUUUGGCAGACGAUGGGUUUUUCAGAGAGAGGCAAGCAAUACCUGCUUCCUGAAGAGGCUCUUUACCUUAUGGAAUGUGGUAAUGUGCAGGUGUUUUACCGGGACCUUCCUUUAUCCAUUCAGGAGGGAUAUGAGCGGUUUCUCUCUCGUGAGACUCUGACUCUUCAUCAGUAUCAGGUUUUUGGACAUUUGAAAAGGCUUGGGUAUGUUGUGAACAGAUUUGACCCCAGUUCCGUCCCGUCCACAUAUGAGAGACAGCUGAAUCUGCCAGCAUCAUCAUCGGACAAACAGAGAAAACAGCUGAAGAGGAAGCGCUCUCUAAGUCCUGUGUCCAGUGACAAACAAAACACACCACCAGAGGAGAAGACGACAACUGAAGAUCAAAGUGAGGAGCUAGUCAAGACAGAGCCGCCUCUGGAGGAGCCCAUGCAGUCCGCCGAUGUCUCUGACAGGACGUGGUGGAUGGAGGGGGAUGUCCAGCUGUCUCCUGCUCAAGCCCAAAGCGCAGCUCCUCGCUGGGACUUCAGCAGCAUCUCUUUCCCGGACCUGGGCUCGCGCCGGAGCCGCUUCGUCUCUCUGGCGUCUCCAGACCCCAGCCUGCUGCCCGGAGCGCUGGAGGUGGGCGGCUGCGAUUUGUCCCCGUGGCUCAGCAGACUCAACGUGAAGCAGGAGAAGCUGUCGCGGCGGGAAAGGGAGCGUCAGAGAGACAGGGAUCGCUAUCACAGGGAUAUGAACAGCGACCGAGAGGUGCGGCACUGCAGGAACUGGGCCGAGUAUUUGCAGCUGCUGGAGGACAGGAGGAGACGGAGGCAGAAAGAUAGACCAGUGCAUCUGUGGGAGAAGGAGGUGACGCCGCUCACUCAGCCGGGCCAGUGCACCUCACACCGUGAACUGCUGGACCAGAUCAGCAUUAUCAAGUCUUCGAGCUGGUCUGAGGGGGUUUCCAGCUUGUCCCCGUCAGACCAGUGGAAGAUUAGUUUUGAUGUUUACCAACCGGACACGGUGGCAGAGUUUAAAAAGAGCCUCCCUGGAAAGCCUUACACCCGCAUGUGUGUCUGCAGUUUUGACGGUCCAGUGCCUGAUCUGAAUGCCAUGAAGCAGCUGUCCUUCCAAAGCGGAGACGUCCCAGUCACUUUUGCAGUGGUGGAUCAUGGGGACAUCUCCUUUUAUUGCUUCAAGGAUUUCAAACUGCCGACUGAUGUGUAUUAAAGGAGGAUUUCUAAAACUGUGCUGAUAAAAUGCGUGGAUCUCAGGGUAUUAAUGAGAUAGUUCAGACAAUAAUGAAAGUUCGGUCAUCAUUUACUCAGCCUCACGUUGUUCCAAGAAUGUUGGCAACCAAAUAUUUUCUGUUCCCAUUUUUAUUCAUACAGUGGAGGUGAAUGGGAACCGAAGCGAUUUGGUUACCAACAUUCUUCAAAGAUUACCAACAUUAUUAAAAAAUAUUUU